GAGCCCUGAUGCCGACCCGGGAGGAGACCCUGGGAGCCUUGGCGGGAGAGCAAGAGCAGAGAGGGAGUUCUGCUGAGGAAAGGGGGUUCUGCUGAGGAGAGGAGGGCCCAAGCUUCACCUGAGGAAAGGCCUCGGUCGUUCGGCCCAGGGGAAAGAGGCAGGGGCUUUUCCAAAGGCGUGGUGGGAGCCGGCAGGGGACAGGGGAGAGCUCCGGGGAACGUCUGCAGGCCCCUGCCCUCCCGUAGGUGAGGGGCUGCGGGGGCACACCGCAGAGCCGCCUGAGGUGGGAGUGAGAGAGGUCCGGACUGCGAGGAAACGCGAGGCUCCGAGUGCCUCCUGACAGAAAGGCAGAGGACGAGGGAAUCGGGCGUGUCGGGGGUGGGGAGCCCCACGUUUCUGAGGGUCGGAGAGAAGCUGUUUGAGGGGAAGAAGCCCAGAACACUCUUCAUCCUGAAAUGUCGGGGCGUUCACCAGCUGUCUGCUGACCGAGGGGCCGGGUGGAUGAGGGCGGAACCCGACCUGAGGCGGCCUGGAGAGGAGCCCACCAGAUGAAGCAGUUUCAGCUAUCUGACUUCAUGUGAAAGAUGGCUAAUGCGGAAGUGAGUGUCCCAGUGGGGGAUGUGGUUGUGGUACCCACUGAAGGAAAUGAAGGAGAGAACCCUGAAGACACUAAAACCCAAGUGAUCUUGCAGUUACAGCCUGUGCCACAAGGUUUGUUUAUCGAUGGACACUUUUACAACAGGAUUUAUGAAGCUGGGUCUGAGAACAACACAGCAGUUGUGGCAGUAGAAACUCACACGAUACACAAAAUUGAAGAAGGGAUUGAUGCAAGUACUAUAGAAGCAAAUGAGGAUAUGGAAAUUGCUUACCCCAUAACUUGUGGGGAAAGCAAAGCCAUUCUUCUUUGGAAGAAAUUUGUAUGUCCAGGAAUAAAUGUAAAGUGUGUCAAGUUCAAUGAUCAGUUGAUCAGCCCCAAGCAUUUUGUUCAUCUGGCUGGCAAGUCCACCCUAAAGGACUGGAAGAGAGCCAUUCGUUUGGGUGGAAUUAUGCUCAGGAAAAUGAUGGAUUCUGGACAAAUUGAUUUUUACCAACAUGAUAAGGUUUGCUCCAAUACCUGCAGAAGCACCAAAUUUGAUCUUCUUAUCAGCAGUGCAAGAGCUCCAGUGCCAGGACAGCAGACAAGUGUGGUGCAGACACCCACUUCGGCCGAUGGUAACAUCACACAGAUUGCCAUUUCAGAAGAGAGCAUGGAAGACGCAGGGCUAGAAUGGAACUCAGCUCUCACUGCUGCUGUCACUAUGGCCACAGAGGAGGGAGUGAAGAAAGACCCAGAAGAAAUUUCAGAGGACACUUUGAUGUUCUGGAAGGGAAUAGCUGAUGUAGGGCUGAUGGAAGAGGUUGUAUGCAAUAUACAGAAGGAAAUAGAGGAGCUACUCAGGGGGGUUCAGCAGCGGCUCAUCCAGGCUCCCUUCCAGGUCACAGAUGCUGCUGUUCUCAACAAUGUGGCGCAUACGUUUGGCCUAAUGGACACAGUCAAGAAGGUUUUGGACAACAGAAGGAACCAAAUAGAGCAAGGAGAAGAGCAGUUUCUCUAUACUCUGACAGACUUGGAACGCCAGCUGGAAGAGCAGAAGAAGCAAGCUCAGGAUCACAGGCUGAAAUCCCAGACAGUUCAAAAUGUGGUAUUGAUGCCUGUGAGCACGCCUAAGCCUCCAAAAAGGCCCCGGCUCCAGCGGCCAGCCUCCACCACCGUCCUGAGCCCUUCUCCUCCUGUCCAGCAGCCUCAGUUCACAGUCAUCUCACCUAUUACUAUCACCCCAGUGGGUCAGUCAUUUUCCAUGGGCAAUAUUCCAGUGGCCACUCUCAGCCAGGGCUCCAGCCCUGUGACUGUCCACACACUGCCUUCUGGCCCUCAGCUCUUCCGCUAUGCCACAGUGGUCUCCUCUGCCAAGAGCAGCUCACCAGACACAGUGACCAUUCACCCUUCAUCUAGCUUGACGCUGCUAAGCUCUACUGCUAUGCAGGAUGGGAGUACCCUGGGCAACAUGACCACAAUGGUGAGCCCUGUGGAGUUGGUGGCCAUGGAGUCCGGCCUGACCUCGACAAUACAGGCUGUUGAAAGCACCUCAGAGGAUGGGCAGACCAUCAUUGAGAUUGACCCAGCCCCAGACCCAGAGGCUGAGGACACUGAGGGCAAAGCAGUCAUUUUGGAGACAGAGCUGAGGACUGAGGAUAAAGUUGUGGCUGAGAUGGAAGAACAUCAGCAUCAAGUCCACAAUGUGGAAAUUGUGGUCUUAGAGGAUUAACUGGGGAGAUCGGGGCCAGGAGAUAUGUUUCAGUUUUAAAUUUUAAUUAUUUGUUUACUUUUAUCAUUGUCCCACUCAUUUCCACAUAGGAUCCUUUAAAAAAAAAAUCUCGUUGCUGUAACUGAAAAUGUUGGGUACCUCCCACCCCCUCAUUGAAAGAAUGGACAAAAUCAAGCUGCCCUUCCAGAAGUUGAGAGUAGGUUACUCAAUGUCCUCAUCCUCUUACACCAAGAAAGUUAUUUCUUUCAGGGGAGGCAUCAAGAUAACCAGAAAUCCUAUCCUGAAAACCCUUUCCAGGCUAGUCUAGCUGUGUAUGCAUGUGGUUUUAUUCUUGUAAAGAUGCAUUGACCAAACUCUGGAACACAGACCUGAUACUGGAAGGCAACCCACUUACACACGGAUGCAGAAGGAUAGUUCAUUUUGUAUCCUGGAAUGGGCCCUCAGAGGCCAGUGCAAAACUCUGAAACAAAGGAAGUUGAAUUCUGCUUGAAGGGGAACUCAGUUGCUUGGAGCAGCAGCUUAAAAAGGGAAGUGCUUUGGCCAGGAUGGGGCAAAGAAAUUAUCUUAUUUCCCAAAGUGUAACUGAUACCUCUUGAUAUUUCUGAGGGUUACCACUAUGGGUGCUAUUUUGAGGGGAGGCCACUGAUAAGUGGAAGGGUACAUUGCCAUGGAGCAAGUAGCAUCAGGAGAAAUAGAAAUCCAGGGAUGUCAUAGCUGUGCUUUGGGAUUCAAGCCUACCUGGCCCCAACUUUGUCAAAGCACUUACCUUUCUAAACUAGGAUCAGUCCGUUUAUUUACGAACUGUGAUGUGGUGUAAAUUGCUCUUGGACUAUGGCUGUUGUGGUGGUUGGGCCUCCAAGGCCGUCAUUUUUAUUGCAUAACUCCAGGAGCAGGGGAGUUCCUCAUCCAGACCAGCUGCCCUUUUUGGUGGGGCUCUUUUUUGGUUUUGAAACCAAAAGCAUCCACUCAUUUGGUGCUUCCUCUUGUUCUACCCUCUGUUUCUCAACUGUUAAUGACAUCUGCCUCCUGGAUCCCACGCUCUUCAGCUCUUUGGCUGAUUUGGAGAACAGUGACAGGUGCCUGCCUUCAUCCCCUUUUAGAUUCAUUUGUACCACAGAUGUUUCUGUGAGAUUGAACUCAUUAAAAAAAACAAACAAAAAAAACCCUUAGCUUGGGAGGAAGACUAAAUACCCCCAGCCUAUCCUGAGGCACUGAGUGGAUGUCUCCUCCUGAGCAAGCUGGACUCCCUGGGAAAGAAGCAUUGUCCGCAACAUUAUAUUAUAGGAAAUGUACCAAGAAUGUCAACAAUAAUGUCUUUGGGGUGGGAGGGUGUAUCUUUCUUUUUUUUUUCUUUUUUUACUGUUGUUUGUAUAUUUAGAGCUGGGCCAUUUUCUGUGUUGUGAUUCCUUCUCUUUGACCAUCUUCAGUGUUUGGGGCAAGAGUGGACCCUGUUUUUUCUUUCUUUUGGUUGUAUUGUUUACUGCACUAGGAAAAAUAUAGGGAAACCGCAGACAGUUUAAAGGAAAAAUAGGUAAAAAAGAAAGCACAUACCUUAGGAGUGGGAGUUUUUGUUUUGUUUUUUAAUUAAAAGCAAAACUUUGACCUGUAGUUUCCUUUUUUUUUCCAAGAAGCCACCCACUUGAAGCGAUGUUUUUCCAACGGUUGUUGGAAACCCUGUUGUCAAGCAAGUGAAAACAGUUCUGUCCCUCAGAUAGCUGUAUAUAGCUGGAGAAGCCCUCUAACUUGGAGGGUCAAUCAUAAAAGCCUUAAUAAAGGGUGAGAUUUCUGAACCCCAUAGAGUUGUGAUUUUCAGCUUUAAAAUUGGGGCUUUAUUUUUUUUUUUCAAAACAUUUCAGAGACAUAGUGGUAAGCUUAGAACAAACCUUUGGCUCUUUAUAUAUCUUUAGUGAGGAAAGUGGCUUUUAUUUCUUGCUUUUUUUAGGUUUCCUGUUGGUACAUAAACAAAACCAGUAUUUCUCUCUAAGGCUAAAACUGUUACUUGAAGCUAAAAAGGCAUAUCAUUUCUAAUGUGGUUUUUAGGGACACUUUUCUCUUUCCCAGAGACAAGAGGCCCAAUUCAGAAGAGGAGGAAAAUACCCACAUGCUAGGUUCCUUUAUCCCCUCCAUCAGAGCUAUUGGUAGUAUUUUAAUGUAGUAUGAGCAUCGUGCUUCCAAAGUCAAGAGAUCUCCUCCUAAGGACAGAGCCUGUUUGCUUUUAUUUUCUGAAUAUUCCAGCUGGUGGAAAUACACAAGCUUUGUUGUUUUCCUGGUCUUCCGAUAGCCUGUCAUUAUUGCUACGUGCUAUGGCACCCACUGUUGAGUUGGGGGGUUCCCUUUCAGGUCCAGUCCAGAUGAUCUCAGAUGGGGGAAAUAUAUGCAAGCCAUUUGUCUGUGCAGAAGCAUUUGCAAUGAAUCAUUCCUCAGGCUGACUUGGCAGUAGCCAUCUUUCUGUUCAUUCAUUCAAUAAACAUUUAUAAGUAUGAUCUAUGUGCCAGGCUUUGUGCUAGGCACUGGCAGUACAGAGGUGAAAGCACAUUCCCUGCCGUCAAAAAGUUCAUACUCUAGAGACUGUGUAGAAUUUGUAUAUGAAUAUAAUUGGUUUCCUUUGUAA